AAAAGAGGUUGAGGUUGAGCUUCAGUUUUCGGUGGAGAUUUACUUAUGGGAGGGGAGGAGAGUUGCUGCUCUGCCAGACCCACCUGUGGCUGAUUCACUCAUCCACUGGCUUUCCAACACUGUUUGGCUGUUCUGGCUCUAAUUACUUUCGGUGCAGACGUUGCUCUGUUCGCUAAUUAGUCUGACAUGCUAAAGUAGGAAACCCACCGACAGCACGUGCUUUUUCUCACCUCUCAUCUCCGAUCUUUCUCUUUUACAAUAAUUUUUGGAGACGUUGUCGUAAAAUCGAAGACUUAUCUGUAUACGUUGUCCAGAGCCCAAGCGGAAAGCACAACAAGCGGCAGAAUGAGUCUCAUAAUGAUUCUUUCGAUGCUUUUGCUGGCUGUCGAAGGUGGGCGAGCCAUGGGCGGCGCCAAUCUCACGUCCUGGCAUCAUCACAGGCGGCAGAAACGCUUCCUGAUCUAUCAGAAUGGAGGGGUUGUCAAGCUAGUCACUGGCUGCGCAUUUCCAGUGCCCUUUGAUGAGAAGAUGGCCUGGCGCCAGCUGGUCUGGCUGAUGAAUUUCCAUUACCAAUUCAGUGAACCGCAGACACCAAUUUAUUGGUGGAAUCUUUGGAGCAGUUCACGUGAGCUAAAGGGCUCCAAUCAUGCUCCUCCACCCGCUCCUCGUCCUCCGGUCGUGGAUGAGCCGCAGUUUUUGCUAUUCAAGUUUGCCGAGGACUAUAUGUCGCAGAUUGGGCAGAAUGGAACCGCUUGCCUGGAACGUUUGAUCUGCGAGAACGGACAGGUGCACGAGCACAGCGGCCUCUAUGCCCAGCUGUUGCACAGACUGCUGAGACCCCAUCGAACACUGGACGAACGAUAUCGGGAUGCCUAUAGAAUGGGGCGACAUGGCGUCAAUUGUCGCCGCGCCUAUCCACAGGCGUCGCACUGUCUCCUGGACGACUAUAUCCACCUGCACGAGCGGGGCCCAAUGCAGAGUUUUCUUUAAGCUUAGUGUAGGGUUGAGUUUUGUAGGCGCUGGUUGCCAGUAGUACACAACAUUUACACGACUAAUUAAAGGUACGAGAGUAAC